GUAGGCAAACAGGUUUGGGUCGUCCUGUUCAUGACAGCGCACUACAGAUUCGCGGGGAGGCUAGCUAUCGUACUGUUAGUUCUCGGAGUCUGAGGGCGUCUCUGAAAGGAUUUACCAUGUGUAUUUGAUCGUAGAGGAUAUGGCGCAUUUAAACAGAAGGACUAUUUUGACUGCUGCGUUUUGACUGGAUUGCUAGCCAGCUAACUAGCUUUAGCUAAAUGCAUUGUAUUUGCUUCUAGCUAACUUGAGAUAGCAAACGUUACGUCGUGUUGCUAUCGAAACACAUAGCCCGCAAGAAGUUGUGGAUUUAACUCUACGUUAGUUAACCAUGCAAUUAUUGCAUGCCAAUCAGGAGUGGCUUGCUUAGUUAUACUGUCUCAUGUUUUUCUACAACGUUUGCCCUCUAACCGAUUUGGCAACACUCGCUAGGCCAAGUCUUAUCAAUUUGUGUAUUUUAAUUUGCACGUGGUAAACGCUAUCCUCUAGGUAACUACCAACAACUUGGUUGUUAAAUGUCGGAGAAUAGUUCGAACUCGUCGGGCUCAGAUGAAGAUGUGGAUCCCGAAUCUGGGCAGCCUGUUGAACUCGGUGGCGUCCUAAGCAAGUGGACCAACUACAUUCACGGAUGGCAGGACCGGUGGGUAGUGUUGAAGAACAACACUCUGAGCUACUAUAAAUCAGAGGAUGAGCGGGAGUACGGCUGCAGGGGCUCUCUGUGUCUCAGCAAAGCUAUCAUCACUCCCCACGAGUUUGACGAGUGUCGUUUUGACAUCAGUGUGAACGACAGUGUGUGGUACCUACGGGCAGAGGACCCAGAGCACCGGCUCCAAUGGAUUGACUCCAUCGAACUACACAAGGCGGAGUCGGGGUAUGGUUCAGAGUCCAGUCUGAGGCGUCAUGGCUCCAUGCUGUCUCUCACCUCUGCUGCCAGCGGCUUCUCUGCCACCUCCACUUCCUCCUUCAAGGGCCACAGCCUGCCGGAGAAGCUGGCGGAGAUGGAGACGUUCAGAGACAUCCUCUGCAGACAGGUGGACACACUGCAGAAGUACUUUGAUAGCUGCGCAGAUGGCGUCUCCAAGGACGAGUUCCAGAGAGACAGAGUGGUGGAGGAGGAUGAAGACGACUUUCCCUCGAGCACACGGCCCGAUGGCGACUGCCUUUACAACAACAACGGCAGCAAAGAGAAGCUGUUUCCCGCUGCUAAUCCUAAGGGCAUGAAUGGGAUCGACUUUAAGGGUGAGGCCAUCACGUUUAAGGCCACUACAGCUGGGAUCCUGUCCACCCUCUCCCACUGCAUCGAACUCAUGGUGAAGAGAGAAGACAGCUGGCAGAAGAGACUUGACAAGGAGCUGGAGAAGAGGAGGAGGGUGGAGGAUGCCUACAAGUCGGCCUUGAGUGAACUGAAGAAGAAAUCUCACUAUGGAGGCCCCGACUACGAGGAGGGUCCUAAUAGCCUCAUAAAGGAGGAUGAGUUCUUUGAUGCGGUGGAAGCUGCCCUGGACAGACAAGACAAGAUAGAGGAGCAGUGUCAGUCAGACAAGGUGAGGAAACCCAGACUGACCCCAGUUCCUCCUGGAGACACAUACUCCACCAUCGGAACCCACCGCUUUGCCGAACAGCCCCAUAGCUACUUUUCCCUGUUCUCCGCCGCGCUUGUCAGUGCCUCAGAUGUUCACAGAUUCAGCAUGCAGGUGGAGGAGGUGGUCCAGAAUCACAUGACAUACUCCCUGCAGGACAUGGGUGGAGACGCCAACUGGCAGCUGGUAGUGGAGGAGGGUGAGAUGAAGGUGUACAGGAGAGAGGUGGAGGAGAACGGCAUCGUCCUGGACCCUCUGAAGGCCACCCAUGCAGUGAAGGGUGUGACAGGACACGAGUUAUGCCACUACUUCUGGGACACGGACGUACGCAACGACUGGGAGACCACUAUUGAAAACUUCAACGUGGUGGAGACGCUCUCAGACAAUGCUGUUAUAGUCUACCAGACACACAAGAGAGUAUGGCCAGCCUCUCAGAGGGACGUUCUCUACCUAUCCGCUAUCAGGAAGAUCCUGGCAACCAAUGAAAGUGACCCAGACACGUGGCUGGUCUGCAACUUCUCUGUGGAUCAUAACAACGCUCAGCCCACCAACCGGUGUGUCCGUGCGAAAAUCAACGUGGCCAUGAUCUGCCAGACCCUUGUGAGCCCUCCAGAGGGCAACAAAGAGAUCAGCAGGGACAACAUCCUCUGUAAGAUCACCUACGUGGCCAACGUGAAUCCUGGAGGCUGGGCCCCUGCCUCAGUCCUCAGAGCUGUGGCCAAGAGGGAGUACCCCAAGUUCCUCAAACGCUUCACCGGCUACGUCCAGGAGAAGACCAGUGGGAAACCCAUCCUCUUUUAAACCUCUACAGGCGGGAACACAUUUAAUCCUGAAGAGACAUGGCUACAUUUAUGAUCAUUCAAGGGGCUCCCACAGACUACAUUACCCAUUAAUCCGUCUACCAGAAUGGCUCCAAACUAUAUAACCCAUGAUGAAAUAUCUGUAUCAAAUGACUAGAAACUGGUUUAGGGCUUUAUUCUACCAGUAGUUGCUAGCCACCUGAGACAAAAACAACCAAACUGUCCAUGUAUUUGUAUAUAAAUUCAAGAAUUUCUAUGGCAAUAUUUUGAAUCAAUUGAACCAAUUAUUUGCUUUUUGUAAAUUUGUUUUGUACAUUUCCAAUUAUACUUUGUUUGCAUUAACCACUGUUUUCAUGCUGCUAAUUUUACUACAAAAAGAAUGCAAGUAGACAGACGGAGAGUAGUGUGUUGAGUUUGGCUAGCCUUCGUCUUGUCCUCUCCUAGUGACGACCUGCCCUGGAGUCUAAAGCUUUGUACACCAUUAUACAGUAGCUGUAAAGGAUCGUACGGAGACAUUAGUUUACCAGUGUAUGUAAAGUAAAGGAUGUUGGCAAACUGGAAUUGGAAGAACUACAUAACUCGCCUGUUUUCAAAGUAAGGUGACCUUUAUGACAACCAACUGAAUGUAUGGAUGUCAUUUGUUGAAUGUACCUACCACAGCAUUGGGUGUUCAAAUGGACCUCUUCAUUCGCUUCAACGGCUGAGGAGAUGGGGUGGCCAUAUUUUUUCACAUCCCUCGUUAACCUGUCAUGCCUUAAACACCAGGAUGAGCCCUGGAAGAAGUCUGUUACAGUAUCAUACGACCAGAGACACUACACUGGGGUCAGCAUUUCACAGGAUUUCUUACCUCAUUUUUGUCAGAAUCCUCCACUCAGCUUGAGGGGUCAUAGAAUCCAUGGGGAAACAACAUUGCCAUGAUGAUCAGAGGAGUGACAUCAGCUGAAGAAUGCAUUAAGCCUUUAAUUUUGUCUGAGGAAUUGACACGCUUUGUAUAUUUCUGUUGUACGUCUGAAGUGUUAUCAUUUGGGCAAUGUUCUGUAAAUUAAAAUUGUUACGCUACACAAAUGAA